AUGUCACUGAUUUUCUUGUUUGUGUGCUUUUAUCUAGGGGGCUGUGCAAAGACCGAGGAGGAGGAAGCUGCGAGCUCCGAGGAAGACUCGAGCUCGUUUCGUGGAAGUGGGGUCUGUAAAUGGUUUAAUGUGCGGAUGGGCUUCGGCUUUCUGUCCAUGACCCACCGGGAGGGCAUCUGUCUGGACUCACCCGUGGAUGUGUUCGUCCAUCAGAGCAAGCUUCAUAUGGAGGGCUUCCGCAGUCUGAAGGAAGGAGAAACUGUGGAGUUCACCUUCAAAAGGUCCUCUAAGGGUCUGGAGUCCUUACGGGUGACGGGGCCAGGCGGGGCACCGUGUGUAGGCAGCGAGAAGAAACCCAAGGGCACCCAAAAACGCCGUUUAAAAGGAGAUCGAUGCUUCAACUGUGGAGGGCCGAAUCAUCACGCCAAAGAAUGCCAGCUGCCACCUCAGCCAAAAAAGUGCCAUUUUUGCCAAAGCAUCACCCACAUGGUGGCCAACUGUCCAAUCAAAGCACAGCAGUUGUCACCGGGAUCUCAGGGAAAAUCAACAGCCUCCACUACAGGAGAAGAAGAGGACAUGAGCCACACCCCCUUCCCUCCCGACAGCUCUGAUUAGUCGAGGAAGGUUGUCAGGGGAACACAAGCACCAAUCAAAAAGUUUCAAUGGAAAGCUGCUUUUGGAACUAACUCAGGUUUUUCUUUUUCAAACAGCAGAAAUGAAUGUCGCCGCUCACUUUUGAACUUUAGUCAGGAAAUUCAAACCGGAUUAAAUUAAUAUAGAAUGUUAUA